GAGACUCAAAACAUUCGCCAUGAAUCAUUCUUGUAGUGGACGCCGUCAAAUAAGACAGUAUCUGGGGAAUAUCUUGCUUUUACCUUAAUUUCUACUUUUGCACAACGUGAUUUAAACAAAGCACCCACUAGAAAACUUGUGUGUGCGUCUUUAGUGCGUAUAUUACGACCGUAAACCACACGCAGCAUGGCCGCUUCCUAAUGUCGGGAAAACGCUCUUACUCAAGGGACUUUAUUAUUCCUUUAACAAAAACAACAAAAAACGGCGGAAACCAAAACCAUUCUCUGAAUUUUGGCAAAGAAACUCCACACAGGUUAGCAUCGUCCAUGUUGAGAAAAAAGUUUCCCACCUUGGAGCGCUUCCUCUGGCCGGUCUGCAGACGUGCCAGUCACCUUGCCAGACAGCAGUAUGACGUGAUCGUGGUGGGCGGAGGUCACGCAGGUACCGAGGCUGCUGCUGCUGCAUCCCGAGUGGGAGCACACACACUGCUGGUCACGCAGAAAGUUCACACCAUCGGCGCCUUGUCGUGCAACCCCUCUCUGGGUGGAGUGGGGAAGGGUCACCUGGUGAAGGAGGUGGACGCUUUGGACGGCGUGUGCGGUCGAGCAGGAGACUGGGCUGGCAUCCAUUUUUCUAUCUUGAAUCGCAGGAAGGGCCCCGCUGUGUGGGGGCCCCGGGCUCAGUUGGACCGCCAACGCUACCGCCAAUUCAUUCAGUCCGAGCUGCUGUCCACUUCCAGAUUGACGGUGCUGGAGGGAUCAGUGGAGGAGCUUCUUGUUACAGAAUCUAACCCAGAAGAGCCUGGAUGCCACAGAGUCACUGGGAUACGUUUAGCAGGUGCAAGCCUCCCAAUUUCCGCCCACUCUGUGGUUCUUACCACGGGUACUUUCCUGUCCGGCUCCCUCUUCAUGGGUCAGAACACAUCCCCGGGGGGGCGGAUCGGAGAUGCACCAUCCAGCGCCGGAAUGUCCCACACGUUGAGGGAGCGCCUGGGGUUGAAGAUGGGCCGACUCAGGACGGGCACCCCUCCUAGAAUAGUGAAGGCUUCAGUGGAUUUUGACCAGGCUACGCUACACCCGCCCGACAGUCAACCAAGUCCCUUCAGCUUCCUCAAUAGCCACACUCACUGCAAGGCCGAGGAGCAGCUGCCGUGCUACUUGACCUAUACCACUCCUGGUGUGGAUAAAGUGGUGAAAGAGAGUCUUCAUCUCAAUUGUCACAUACAGCAGGACACAAAGGGCCCCAGGUACUGCCCUUCAAUUGAGUCCCGAGUACUUCGCUUCCCGGGCAGGCAACAUCAGGUCUGGCUGGAGCCCGAGGGGCUGACCUCUGACCUGGUGUACCCGCAGGGUCUCUCCAUGACAAUGCCCCCUGACAUGCAGCUGCACCUCAUUAGAGAGAUCCCGGCCCUGCACAGGGCUGAAAUCCACACACCCGGCUACGGCGUGCAGUAUGACUUUGUGUGCCCCACUCAGCUGAGCCCUGCGCUGCAAGUGAAAAGCACCCAAGGUCUUUUCCUGGCUGGGCAGAUUAAUGGGACCACGGGGUACGAGGAGGCUGCUGCGCAGGGCUUGUGGGCAGGGGUCAAUGCGGCCCGCGCCGCACUCUGCAUGCCCACAAUGGCGCUGUCUCGGACCGAGAGCUACAUCGGUGUUCUGAUUGAUGACCUUGUGACACGAGGUGUGACGGAACCUUACCGCAUGUUCACCAGUCGGGCGGAGUUUCGAACGUCACUGAGGCCGGACAAUGCGGAUCUGCGACUUACCCUUAAAGGCUUUGCAGAGGUGGGGUGCGUGUCCUCCCGCCGCUACCAGCAGACUGUGAGAGUGAGAGACAGUCUCCAGGAUGCGCUUGCAGCUCUUCGGGAUGUCUCUCUGUCCGCCACAGCAUGGAGACUUAAAUUGCCUCGCGUGCACAUCAGCGAGAUGAAGGCCGCCAAUCCGACUGGCUUGGAGAUGCUUCAGUACAACGACGCGACCUUUGAAAUGUUGGUCUCCGUUUUCCCGGAAUGCCUUUCACCCUACACAGAAUUCUCGCAAAGGCUGAAGAUAGAAGCUGUGUACAGGCCUCACUGCGUCCUCCAGCAGAAGGAGAUUGCGAGAAUUCAAAAAGAGGAGAGCAUGUCUCUCCCACAGGACUUGGACUAUUUGUCCCUACCAGUCUCUCUGUCACAAGAGGUGCGGGAAAUUUUGGACAGAGUUCGGCCCAGCACGCUUGGUGCUGCUACGCGUUUGCAAGGAGUAACGCCGGCUGCAAUUGCCCAUCUUUUCAACUAUGUCCUUCACUCGGGGAAGAAGGAGAAAAGAACGCAUAGGAGCUAACCUGAGGAAAAGGAGAAGCUACGGAAGGAGAUGUGUACAAAUAAAUAAAUAAAUAAAAUGCCCCUACGCCCCAAAUGCUGUUACUAAAAAUGUACAAGACUUGGUUCAAUAAAGAAAUGCCAUGUCAGCCAG